CGUCGACAUGAGUGCUCCCGAAGUUCACAUAGACACAGCUGGCAGUGACCCCGGGGACCAAUUAUGCCAAACGGACGGCUCAAGGACCUCCGAAACCAAUGUUUCGAAUGAAAUUCCCGAAUUUCUUAAUCUAUUAAAGGAAUUAAAGGGCAAGGUGAAAGAAAUAAAGGAUCAAAUUAGCGUCACUACGAGCAAAGUUAAAGAACACCAAACGAAAACCAAUCAUGGAAUAUCAAUACUCGACGUCAAAUACCAUACUCUCCUUCAAUACAUAACGAACUUGGCAUUUCUAAUUCACAUGAAGUUACAAGGAAAAUCAAUAGUUGAUCACCCAGUCAUCUUAAAUUUAGUGGAAUUAAGAAUUGUCUUGGAGAAGAUUAAGCCCAUUGAGCAAAAAUUAAAAUAUCAAAUCGAUAAAUUGAUAAGGGCCACCGUCAUGGAGGAGGACAAUGACAAAGUCGAUUUGACGAGUAGCGCGGCCGACCCCCUGUCCUUCAAGCCCAAUCCACAGAACCUCAUAUCAGAAUCCGAAGAGAAAAGAGAGAAAGGUGAAGAUGACACUGGAAUAUAUAAGGCGCCCAAGUUUGCACCAAUGCAUUUCGAUGAAAACAAAGGAAACCGUUUCAAAUCGGAAAAGGAACAGUCGCGCAUGCUGGCAAGAGCCUCCAAGUCUCGUAUAAUGAAGGAUCUCAUCGCAGAAUACGAUGAUAGACCGGAAGAAGUGGACAUAAUUGGUGGUGUACACGGAGGAACAGUGGCUGAUGAAAGAUUGGAAAAAGAGCUUGAGGAACGUAGGCGCUACGAGGAGGAGAAUUUCAUCAGGUUACCUAUGUCAAAGAAGGAACUUCAGAAAAUCAGGGACCGGACAAAAUUCGAAGAUGAAUUUGAGAAUCUAAACGACUUUGGCAGUUUGACGGCCAUACAAGAUGACACAGAAGCUUUUGAGAAACAACGAACCAAUAUCCUUGUAAGAAGGAAUGCCCGUAAGGAGGGACAUCGUGGUCAACGAAGUUCUGACGAUGAUGAUGGCGACGGAUCACGUGACGCACACCAGGCUAAUGAAUUAUUUGAUGGACUGAUGACCGACUUGUCACAGGACAAAAAAAGAAAAAACAAGUUUCAGAAGGCCAAGAGAAAUAUGAAGAGACAGAAACGACGAUGA